UCGUUCAAAAAUUUCCAAGCCAACCUCAACCCGUGGCUAAUAUGCCGGGAAUCUUCUUGCAAAAUUGUACCUCAAUGUUCAUGCUCAUGCUGUGCUGCAGGUGCUUAUAAAUUGACCCAUUAAUUAGCUCAACCCCCCCAGCCGGCCGACCGACAGACCAACCAACCCAACACCUCUUCUUCCGAAAAGCUCUAAAUUUUACAGUACUACAGCAUCUGACAACAAUGGCAACAGCUAGAUUAAUGUUUCGUACGGCUAGGCCACCUUUGACUUUUGGUCUUCCUUCUUCUUCUUCCUCCUCUGCGUCGGCUUCUUUAUCCGGGACUACGGUCAGGUGUGUAAGCAAGGCGGGGUUUAUUGAAGCUGAUAAUCGGAAGAGUGUCUCCGGGGAUGGCGAGAGGAAACCAGUCGCGGCUGUGAAGGCCUCGGCGGCUCCUUCGGAGCCCAUCCUUAGCUCAGAACUUCGAGUCGGCCGGGGAAUAUUAUUGUCAGAUCUGGCUUCUCUUGUGGCAAAUGUUAUCAAGGCUGCCAUGUCUACGUUGAGAUCAAUGGCUGUGAAACAGAGGCGACGAUUGAGAUUAUACGUCCAACUGUUCAUUGAAAGGGCUAUAAUUGAUUGUCGAUUCUUUACACUAUUUGCUGUCGUGGGAUCUUUGUUCGGUUCGGUGUUGUGUUUCCUUGAGGGUUGCUUUACCAUAUUAAAGUCAUAUUUACGGUAUUUCCACUCGUUCUCAGACAAAUCCAAUCAAGAACAUGUCAUGCAGCUUCUUAUUCAAGCCAUAGACAUGUUCCUGGUAGGAACUGCCAUGCUAAUGUUCGGGAUGGGUUUGUACGUGAUAUUUGUUGGGAAAAAGACAAUGACAGGAAAAGGGCCACGGCUUUCCGGAUCAAACUUGUUUGGUCUCUUCUAUAUGAAGACACUUCCGGCGUGGGUUGAGAUUGAGAUGCAAUCAGUUUCACAAGCCAAAUCGAAAAUAGGGCAUGCAGUGAUGAUGAUACUUCAGGCGGGAGUUCUGGAGAAGUUAAAGAAUAUACCUUUGGUUUCUGGGGUGGAUCUUGCCUGUUUUGCCGGAGCUGUGCUGAUUUCCUCGGCUAGUAUCUUUCUUCUCUCAAGACUUUCUGCCGGAUCAGAUACCAUUGAAGAUUGCAUUGGUAGCUAACCUGGGGGCCAGUCGGGAUGUACGUUCAUGUAUUUCCAAUUAUCACAGGCCUCAAGAAGAUUUUGUUCAUUAGUUCAUCAAAUAUAUAUUCUUUCAUUUGGAAUAUAUUUACAGAGGAAGAAGAAGAAUGAAGAAGAGUCUUCAAUUAAAUCCUUUAUACCAAAUUUUAGUAGUGAGGUGAAAAAAUAGUGAAAAAGUAAUGAUAAAAUAUUAAAUAAUAAUAAAUAGUAAUACAAAAUAAUAAAAAUAGAUGAAAAAUAAUGACAAAAUAAUUAAUAAUAAUAAAAUAUUUUCUGAAUACUUCGCUACCCAAACCAGUCCUUUGGUUUGAAGUUUUUCUCAUCCUAUUAAUGUCUAAUUAUUUCGAACAUGCAUGUAUUUGAUAUUGUAUUUAGCAUAAAGGCAAUGCCAUGCGAGUAAUGCAAUGGCAUUUUAUUGUACUAUUUCUUUCCCUGGGAAAGAAUUAUAAAUAAAAGAAGUGUUU